GCAAAAACGAUACAGUUUAACGCAAUGGCGCACAUAGAUAGAGAUUAUGCUCGAUCUUUAACACUUUGUCGUGGCUUGACGUUGGAUGAUAUUUUGAAUACGCUGGAUGAGGACGAUGAUGAGACACUUCCUAACAGCCAAGAGAUAGACAUUAUUUUACAGCCCCCUACAAAUGCGUGUCAGGAUUUGACAGAUGAAGAUUCGGGCGACGAGGAUUUGAUGACCAUUGGUAACCUGCCAGGCACACAACUUAUGGCAGAAGCUGAAUUAUUCGGCAUUACUCAAGAAGAUAAGGAGGAAGAAAUAGGAAAUGAAAUAGAUGAGGAUGAUUUACCGCUACGUAGCUUGCAAGUAGCCAUAAAAAAGAAUUACUUAUGGGAAAAGAGAGAUUUAGAACCUCGAUCUUUUGAAUGGCCAACGUACAUCGAUGUGAAAACAAACUUCUCACCUACAGAACUAUUUUUUCAGUUUUUUGACAACAACGUCAUCGAUAUGUUUGUAAAAUAUAGCAAUUUGUACGCUUCAAAAAAGAACGUCUUGAACAGUACUAUCACUGAAGCGGAAAUGAAAGCGUUCUUCGGCAUCUUGAUUUUGAGUGGUUAUGUCCAGCUUCCACGCCGUCGUAUGUUCUGGGAGAAUAGCAAAGACACCCAUAAUGAAGUUGUUUCUUCAGCCAUGUCAAGAGAUAGAUUCGAAUUUAUUAUGUCAAAUUUGCAUUGUUGUGACAAUUCCAAGCUAUCUCAACAAGAUAGAUUUGCGAAAGUUCGGCCACUUUUUGAAGCAAUAAAUAGAAAUUUUCAACUUUUUUGCCCCGUACGAGCUGCACACUCAGUUGAUGAGUCCAUGGUACCUUACUUCGGGAGGCACGGCUGUAAGCAGUUCAUCAAAGGGAAGCCAAUCCGUUAUGGAUUCAAAAUGUGGAUUCGUGCAAUAUCAUCUUCAGACUGCGCUGGCUAUUGUGUGUGGUUGGAACCCUAUCAGGGAUCAAACACUCAAAUUCCCACGAUGUACAAAUUGUUUGGCUUAGGGCCAUCCGUUGUGCUGCAUUAA